AUGUCGUCCUCUUCUUCAACUACUCCUCCUGACACCAUCAUGUUGUCGGAUCCCACUGCCGAUAUUGGAGACGCCGUCAAUCGCAUUGACGUACCAGCUGGAGGCAACUCAAGCGUCCCAAAGACGAAACGGCUGGCUUGUAUGAUAUGCAGGAAAAGGAAGCUGAAGUGUGAUGGCAUCAAACCUAGCUGCAGCACCUGCUCCCGUCUCGGGCACGCCUGUCAGUAUGAUGAAGUCAGGAGAAAGAGCGGGCCCAAGAGAGGCUAUGUGAAGGCGCUGGAAGAACGAUUGAAACAAGUUGAGACCAUGCUUAAGUCCCAGGAGGUCACGUCAACAAGUCCGGAUGGAAGCAAAGCCAUGCCCACAUCUGUCGACAGCGGAUCGAAGCAACAGCGCCCUAUGAACCAACGAGCCGCUGCGACGGCAAACUUCAAUGUCACAGAUCCAUCCAUCGGGAUCGCAAGCAGCCGGGACAUGGAUCGAUGGCCAUUCAACCCCGAGUCUCCGAACAGGGUCGACGAGUUCAACUUCAAUAGUAACAUGAUGGGGAUGAGCGCAGUCGAUGGAAACUUCACGUGGGAGAUGAUUGGGCUGGGGCUGGAAGAGCCAUUACCUCCCCAAGAGACCAUCGAUGAACUUCACCAGAUUUACUUUGAAAAGAUUCACCCUUCAGUACCCAUGAUUCACAAAUACCGGUAUCUGGCUGCUAUGAACCUCGCCCCUGCACAACGCCCGCCUGUCUGCCUCCGGUAUGCCAUGUGGACAUUGGCAUGUUCUGUCACCGAAAAAUAUCAAAAUCUCAAGGACCUUUUCUACCAGAGGGCACGAAAAUAUGUUGAAGCGGAUUACAUCAAGGGGUACGGUGAACACAUGAUCUCGGUAGCUCAUGCGCAAACGCAUGUCCUUCUUUCGUCGUAUGAGUUCAAGUGGAUGUACUUUCCUCGAGCGUGGAUGAGCACAGGUUCAGCUGUCCGGCUGUGUCAGAUGAUUGGCCUCCACCGCCUGGAUGGUGCUGGUCUGGAUGUGAAGCAGUGCCUACCACCAGCUCGUGACUGGACAGAGCGGGAAGAAAGGAGGAGGACAUUCUGGAUGGUUUUCUGCCAAGAUCGAUAUGCGAGUAUCGGCACGGGGUGGCCUAUGACUAUUGACGAAAAGGACAUCCUGACGAACCUCCCAUCAUCAGACGAAGCGUUCGAACAUAGUCGCCCCGAACAAACGCCAUCCCUCGCAAACGCCAUGAGCCCUCAAGGUGCCGGGAAACUCACGGCUUUUGGCGGCAUUGUUCUUUUGGCUUGUUUAUUUGGUCGCAACCUCGUACACCUCCAUCGUCCAGAUGCAGACGAGCGCGACCACGACCUCAAUGGCGACUUCUGGAAGAGACAUCGUCAGCUGGACAACAUUCUACUCAACACCUCUCUAUGUCUGCCUUCCAAGCUCAAACUGCCAAACGGCUUGACGAACCCCAAUAUUGUCUUCAUGAACAUGUGCAUACACACCUCCACCAUUUGCCUUCACCAGGCUGCCAUCUUCAAGGCAGACAAGAACAGGUUACCAAACUCGGUGAGCUCGGAAAGCAAAGUCCGUUGCAUCACAUCAGCCAACGAGAUCGCAAGCAUAAUGAGAAUGAUAUCUCAUCUCGACUUGUCCGCGGUACGGCAUUUCUUCAAGUUUUCCAAGGUUUUAUCAUUGCUGACGUCUGUCCAGAUGAACCCCUUUAUAUCUUUCUGUCUUUACGUCUCAGCUCGGGUGUUUGUACAGUAUCUCAAGAGCAGGCCCGACGACAGCCAAACCGCCGAUUCGUUACGCUUCCUUCUUGCGGCCAUGAGUGCCCUCAAGAAACGAAACCCUCUGACAGAAUCCUUCCUGGUUCAGUUGGACGUGGAUCUAGAAGCCCUUGGUGUGCGAAUUCCAAAACUGAAGAGCGCUUUUCCACGAAGCACCGAUAGUCCGGGUCCGUCAAGGAAUCCACAUUCGAGCCAACUCAACCGCGUUCGCGAGGAAGCGACCAGGAAUGGUGUACCCUACACCAACGAAUGCCACUUCUUGAAGGGCAUGGGCGACGACGGCAACCCAGCAAACGCACCUGAUAUCGUCGAAGCCGACUCCCCGAACCCAAACAUCUCUGGAUUCCCAGCGACAGAGCCAGCCAACCUCCCAACACGCGAACGCGCCCAGGCUCCCUAUUUACCAGCACAGGGACUAAUGCCACACAGCUAUCCAGAAUAUGGUGCCCCAGAAAUAGACCCAGGCAACAACGACAUGUCCGGCACAUCACCCAGCGGCGGGCAGUCAAGCCGACCAACGCCGAAUUCGAGCACCGCAUCCGAGACGCUUUCUAAUCUGACGCCUGGGGGGAAUACGUUCGAGACGACAAGUCCGCCUACAUCGCUGAAGAAUCUGAUGAAUAUGCCGGGGACUACAACGCAGGGAGAGAUGGGGGCGAAUAAUGCUGGUUUUAAUUUCAACGACCCGCCUUUUGUGUUGGGCUCUGGGGUGUCGGAGUAUCCUGUGCCGAGCGGAUGGGGAGGGGCGGGGGACAUGUCUGUGCAGGCGGGGAUGACGCCGGGGACAGAGAGAAUGCUGCAGUCGAUGAUGGCCGGGUCGAUAGAUGCUAUGGAUAUGGGGUGGGAUCCGAAUACGUAG